AUGUAUAAAAAAUUCUAUUUUAUUUCAAUUAUACAAUUAUUUCUUUUUCAAUUAUCAAUAUCUAUACAUAUUGGUCAUGAAGUUGGUAGUACAUCAAUGGAUUCUACUCAUUAUGAUCGUCGAAUAUUAUAUCAACAAUGUCCAUUAAAUAAUGAAAUAAAAGAUAUAUAUCGAACAAGUUUUUCGGCUACUAUUCGUUCAUCAUCAUCAUCAUUAACAACAAAUAUUAGUAAUCAAAGUAGUUUAAUUCCAUUUCGUAGACAAUUAAUUAUUAAUAAUGGAGAAGAUCGACUUGUAACAAGAACAUUAUCAAAUACAAUUAAUGUUAAUAAUACUAAUACUAUUCCAUUGGGUAUUGAUCAAGCAGCUGUUGAUAUUAUUGUUGAUAAUCAAAUUUCAGGUAAUUUAACAGUAUAUGUUCAAGUUAUUGAAUGUCUUGAUUGUCCAUAUGAAAUAAUUGCACAAGAUUUAUCAUCAAAUCAAAUACUUAAUCUUACAUUAAAUACAAAAUAUACUUAUCAUAUUCGUAUUGAAUUAAAUAAUAUAUCAUCAUGUCUUGAAAAUCUUAUUCUAUAUGAACAUGGUCAAUAUACUCUUAAUAUUCAAAUAUCAAAUAUUUUAUUAACAAAUACAAGUACAGAUUAUGGUCUUAAAUGUUUAUUAACAACAAAUCGUUUAGCAAAUAAUAUUUAUACACCAUUAAUUGUUAGUAUUGUUAUAUUAUUAACAUUAUUUAUAUUUUGUUUAUUUGCACAACGUAUGAAAUUACGUGAAUAUAUAAUUAAUUUAAAAAAUAAUUGUUUUAAUCAUACACCAAAACAAGAUUGUACACAUUCAUAUGAUUUACAAACAUGUCCACAAACAACAACAAUAUGUCAAUCAACAAUUGAUACAAUAAAUACUAUUGAAUGUAAUACAAAUAGUAUGAAAUUACCAACAAUACAUAAAUUAUCACAUAUUAUUGUACCAAGAUCAAAACGUUUACUUAGUCUUGAUGCAUUUCGUGGUUUUGCUUUAAUUGCAAUGAUAUUUAUUAAUUAUGGUGGUGGUGGUUAUGCACAAUUUGAACAUUCAUCAUGGCAUGGAAUAACAUUUGCUGAUAUUGUUUUUCCAUUAUUUAUUUGGAUAUUAGGAGCAUCAUUAAUAUUUUCAUUAAAAAAUGCUCUUGAUAAAAGUGUAUCAAAACGAACAUUACUUAUUAAAGUUGCAAUGCGUACUUUAAAAUUAUUUAUUAUUGGUUUUAUUCUUAAUACACGUUUUAAAAUUGAUUUAAAUAAUGUUCGAAUACUUGGUGUUUUACAACGUUUUGCUUUAGUUUAUGGUGUUAUUGGUAUACUUGAAGUACUUUGUACAAGAUCAAAACAAUAUUCAUUAACAGCGAGUUUUAAUAAUAAUAAUAAUACAAAACAUACAUCAACAAUGACAGCAACAACAGUUAAAAGUGGAAGAACAAAACGUGUAACAGCUGUUUUUCGAGAUAUAUCAAAUUUUCCUCUUCAAUGGUUAUUAAUUAUUGGUUUAACUACUAUAUGGGUACUUGUUGUAUAUUUAGUUCCAUUUGAAGAUUGUCCAGCUGGUUAUUUGGGUCCUGGUGGUUUACAUGAAAAUGGUAAAUAUGAAAAUUGUACUGGUGGUAUAACAGGUUAUAUUGAUCGAAUGAUAUUUACUAAUAAACAUCUUUAUCAAUAUCCAACAUGUCAACUUGUUUAUGGUUGUAAAUUACCAUUUGAUUCAGAAAAUUUACUUGGUGUUAUUCCAACUAUAUUUUUAGCUUAUUUAGGUGUUCAAGCUGGACGAAUACUUGUUAUGUAUCAAUCAGAUCUUGAUCGACUUAUACGUCUUUUUGCUUGGGGUGUUUUUACAAUAGCUAUUGGAGUUGGUCUUACUUCAGGUACAUUUAUUGGUGGACCAAUGCCAUUAAAUAAAAAUCUUUGGACAUUAUCAUUUUCAUUUUUUACUGCUGGUUUAGCAUUUCUUGGAUUUUCAAUAAUGUAUAUUCUUAUUGAUAAAUUAAAAUGUUGGAAUGCAACACCAUUUCAAUAUCCUGGAACGAAUUCAAUUCUUAUUUAUAUAGCACAUAUUGUUUUUGCUACAUAUUUUCCUGUUCAAUGGAUUGUUGUUAAUACACAUGCAGCACAUCUUGCUAUGGCUUUAUGGGGUUGUAUUUUUUGGAUUAUAAUUGCAUAUAUUUUCUUUAAAAAACGAGUUUUUCUUGUGCUUUAA